UCAAUACAUUCCAAAAUGGCAAAUAAAAACUCUCCAGUCAAGGGAGAUUUAAAAAUGGCAACCGUUGCAAAGAGGCCACGUGAGGAAAAUGUUGAGCAAUUUGAACAAAACAUUGUCAACGUAGGCACAGAAAACAAAAUUCAUUGUGAAACUAGAGCCAAGUCGUUUCUCAAAUGGUUCUCUUCUAAUGAUGAAAAUUUCUUCAGUGAUAAGGUUACUAUUGGACCAGAUGGUUCAUGUGCUCAGAAUGGCAUGAUUGCCAUUAAAGAUAUUGAAGAGGGGGAAUGCCUUUUCCAGAUUUCACGGAAAAUACUUUUACAUCCAAAAACAUGCAGCAUUUCAAAAUUGCUUGAAAAAGACCCUCUCAACAGUGAAAAUGGAUGGUCAGAGUUGCUUAUCUGCAUGAUGCAUGAAUACCAUGACCAGGAGUCACUAUGGAAACCAUACUUUGAUGUUUUACCCAAGUCAGUGGAAUUACCAAUGUUUUGGACCAAGGAUGAACGGGAGCAGCUACUAACAGGAACAGGAGUUUUAGAGGCUGUGAAACGUGACCUUGACAAAAUCCACAAGGAGUUUGAGACAGUUGUCUCCCCAUACAUUAAAAAACAUCAAGGCGUUAUCAGUCCAGGAUGUGACGACUUGGAUUUGUAUAAACGGAUGGUGUCCUAUGUGAUGGGGUACAGUUUCACAGAGCCACCCAAAGAUGAUGACAGUGAGGAGGAGGAGGAGGAAGACGAGGAGGAAAAAUCAGUCAUCUACAUGGUCCCAAUGGCUGACAUGCUAAACCACAUAGCUAAAAAUAAUGCUCACUUGUCUUUUAAACCCGAUUGCUUAGAAAUGGUCUCCACAAAGGCAAUCAAAAAGGGAGAGGAAGUGUUUAACACUUAUGGAGAGCUGUCUAACUGGCAUUUGCUCCACAUGUAUGGAUUUUCGGAAGCCUAUCCUGCCAACAUUUAUGAUACAGUGGACAUACCUUUGGAUAUUGUUUUAGAUAUUGCUGAAGAAGAGGCUGAGAACAAAGAAUUCGCAAGAAAGAAAUUGGCUUUCUUUAAACAAAAGGUGAUGGAGGAGUUGAUUGGAGACAUUGUGGUGGGAACUAAUGGGAUUUUAACAGAGGACAGAUUAUACAUGGUGUUAAAGGUUAUGGAGAUGAGCCCUUCACAGUUUGCUAUUUAUGAAGAAGAGUGUGAGGAAGGCUGGGAGGAGGACCUCGACGAGGACACCUCUGCCCUCACAGAAUUUGAUAAAAUGGAUGAUCUAAGCCAGUCAUGGAAAACUGUUAUCUCCAGGUCGGCAUCUGCUUGCUUGAAGAGAUACACGACAAGCCUGCAGGAAGAUGAAGAAAAGUUAAAGCAAACAAAGACUUUGAACUCCCAUCAGCAGUAUUCUUUACAUUUGUAUUAUGGACAAAAAAUGUUAUUACAGAAAUUAAUAAAUGCAUGCAAAUGAA